AUGUCUUUUGCGCGGGAAGAACGCAUGACUACUCAAAUGGUGAUACCCGUAUCUAAAGAGACGUAUUUUAAUACUAAAUACGUACCACAAACAGUUAGUCUUUGUGCCUACGAUAUGCUGUACCAUCCUCCUGACUAUAACCCAAAAUCAGCAAGAUCUGACCGCCAAGAACCAGAAAUAAUAAGAAAGAAUAUUUGGGACCAGGAAUUUUAUAAAGGGAUACCCUCCACAACUCAUUUCCGUCUCGGUAGACCAAAAUGGAAACCAUAUGAUUUGCCUACAAAGGAGUUUGUGAGAGUCCACGUGAAAAAUGAAAAUCCUCACAUGCGUAUCUACAAUGUUUUGGAAUGGGCGGUACUCUUGAACGAAGGAAAACCGACUCUGUGUGAUUAA